CGGCAGUUAAACUUAUUCUUUGGUCUGUGGUCUUUUUACUUUUCAACAUACUGUAAUACAUCUUUUGCUCAAGUAGACGAACUUAGUGAGAUAAUUCUGGGUCCAUAGAGCAUAAUUAGCACUGGUUUCAUUACUACUCAGUAAUUACCCACAUAGGCGUUACAAAUUGGCGAGCCAGCCAGGAGCAAAGUAAAGUAUUACAUUGUAUGUUGAACUGUAUUUUAACCCAGACCCCCAAAAUAAGAGAAUAUCCGGCCAAGACAUGGACAUUGUGAAAGAACAAAGUGUAAAAAUUCCAAACUCAAUCAUUGUGACUGAGCUUUCUGACCCUAAUCUUGAAGAAGAGCUAGUCGACUUUCUGAACAGGUAUGGGCGCAUACUGAGAACCCUUAAGAUUGAUGAUCCACAGUCAAAAUACCACAAUGGUAUUAUUGCAGAAUAUGAGAGUGGAGCUGCUCUAGCAGCACUUGAAUCCUUGCUGCCCUACACGCUCAAAAGUCAGACUGUAUCUUGCGAAAUCAAAGCUCUUUCAACUGAGUACGUUACAACCGUUACCAGUAGCGCUACCAACAGUUUGUUUACCGAACUGCAAGAAGUAGCUAAAUUAACAGGCAAGUCAUUUAACACUGUUUUGCAUGAACAUCUCACCAAAUGCAGUCAGUCUAUAACAGGUGAUUCCAGACAAAAUGGUACUGAGCUUAACGAAACUAAUCAAACUGAGCCAGACACCUACAAUGCCUCUCCCAUUGCAAAUGAAACUCCUAUGGGACCGGAGUCUGUAAAGUCAAGCCUUUGCUUUCAGAACUCUAACGUUCCUCAAAACUUCAUAACUCAUCCAGAUGUGCAGAAAGUUGUUGUUGAGCACAUAGUCCGAAGUGAAGCCCCUGUAUUCAAAGAAUCGCACUCCUUUCGCUUGAGGCAAUUCUCUGGAAAACUACCUUGCCCCAGUAAUGAGGUAGACUUUGAAACAUGGCGUACCAGUGUCGAACUUCUCAUUCAAGACCCAGAUUUGUCUGAAUUACAGUGCUCUCGUAAGGUCUUGGACAGUCUUGUACCACCUGCAGCACAUGUAAUAAAACCUUUAGGCCCCCGAGCUAAGCCAUCUGCUUACAUUGAGCUUCUCAAUUCAGCUUUUGGCACUGUAGAGGAUGGUGACGAGCUCUUUGCUAAGUUCCUUAGUACACUACAGGAUGCUGGUGAAAAGCCCUCCCAAUAUCUUCACAGGCUACAGACAGCUCUUGCUAAGGCUCAGAAACGAGGCGGAGUUUCUGCUAGUGAAACAGACCAACACCUGUUACGUCAGUUUUGUCGUGGGUGCUGGGAUAAUGUCCUUCUAGCCGACCUUCAGCUAGAAAAGAAAAAAAAUAACCCACCUCCAUUCGCGGAGUUACUUUUACAGCUACGAAUAGAAGAAGACAAGCAUACUGCAAAAGAAAGCAGGAUGAAAAAGCACUUUGCUGCUACCAGACCAAAAGUCACUUCCCAUGCAAUGGCUGCGAACACUAAUCUUGACCCCACACUGCAAACCGAUCUCACUGAAAUGCGAGCCCAAAUGACUGAACUUCAGAAUCAGCUCUCAAAAAUGAAAACUAAAGAGGCCGAACAACCAGUCGCUCCUCAAAGCAACCUAGUCAAAGAGCUGAAAGCACAAAUCACAGAGCUGCAAUCCCACCUUGCCAGACUCAAAUCCCCAAAUGCAGGCCGAAAGAAAGUUGACAACCCAAAAGCAAGUAAGACAAAAACAAAACCCAAAGUACCAGAACGAAACCUGUCGAUGUCCCCAGUUCCAAAAAACAGACCAAGACCCUGGUAUUGUUUCCAAUGCGGUGAGGAUGGGCAUAUUGUGUCUGCCUGCUCCAAUGAAUCAAACCCGUCUUUGGUUGCCGAAAAAAGGGCAAAACUAAAAGAAAAGCAGUUACAGUGGGACACAGAAAAUAGUCAAAAUCAAUCUUUAAACUAGAACCAGCUCCCAUUGCGGGACAAAUGGGUGCUUCCAAUGAGACUUGUCCCAAUCAAAAGC